UCUGCAGUUUAACCCGCCCCGGAACCGAAGUCGGCGCGUCUCUGUUUCCUUGAGCCGGGGACGGUUUGUCGCGCUGCGCACGGUGUCCCCCCCUCGACUCUCAGGUGCAAUGACGCGACACGGUAAGAACUGCACGGCAGGCGCGGUCUACACGUACCACGAGAAGAAGAAGGAUACGGCUGUCUCUGGUUACGGCACUCAGAGAAUUCGGCUGGGUAAAGAUGCGAUCAAGGAUUUCGAUUGCUGCUCCCUCUCCCUGCAGCCCUGCAAGGACCCUGUCGUCACUCCGGACGGGUUCUUGUUUGAGAGAGAAGCGAUUCUGGAAUACAUCCUGCAUCAAAAAAAUGAGAUCGCCAAGAAAACCAGGGCCUAUGAGAAGCAGCUGAAGGUGGAGGGGGAGGAGUUGAAAACUCUCUCUAGAGCUGCGAAGGAGUCUCGGGUUCAAAACUUCCUGCAGAAAGAAGGGAGCAUCGUCACCAAACCACUGAACCCCUUCAAGACAGACUCCUCCUCCUCUGGUCCCAGUUGCAGCUCCAACUGCUCUGCUGGUUACUCCAGUGCUCCCAGUACUCCCAGCAGCAGCGGCUCCUCGGCUCUCUCGGCAUCAGAGCAGAAAGACAAGCAGCUUCCCAGCUUCUGGAUCCCUUCACUGACCCCCGAGGCAAAGCCGAGCGCCGUGAAGAAACCAGUGAAGACAGUGUUUUGUCCUAUGUCCGGGCGUCCCCUGCGUUUGAAGGAUCUCACUCCAGUGCGGUUCACGCGUCUCGACCCGUCUCUGUCUCGCGUGUCUCUGAUCACGCGGCAGGACCGCUACGUGUGCGCUGUGACGAGAGACGUGCUCGGAAACUCUGUGCCCUGCGCCGUGCUGAGACCCUCGGGUGCUGUGGUGACCCUGGAAUGUGUUGAGAAGUUGAUUCGUAAAGACAUGCUGGACCCUGUGAGCGGAGCCAAGCUGAGAGACAGUGACAUCAUCGUCCUGCAGAGAGGCGGUACAGGGUUCGCUGGUUCUGGGGUUGAGUUAAAGGCUAAAGAAUCUCGACCAGUCAUGCAGGUGUGAGCGAGACCAGACCAGUGCUCCCAGUUGGAGAUCCCAGUCGCCCACACUGGGAAGAGGAAUCCGGAACGUUUUCGUUUUAUUUUUUUUAGUAUAUUUUUGCGGGAGAGCUUCUCGGUUGUGAUUGUAGAAAUGUCCGUAGAGAUUCGGACCACAGUUUACAGAUGAAAUAAAUAAUGUUUACUUCACAGAG